AUGACGACUUCUGUCACCUCAGCAUCGAGUUCUUCGAGCUUCGUCUUCCCUCCUUUCUUCCCCUUGGUCCGGAAAGGAUGCGAGGAGCGAGCAACUGCCUUCUUCGCAUGUCUCGGAGAAGCGACUGCCCCGGGUGACGCUGGCGUCACCCUCGAGAACCUGGAGCAGUGCCGCUCUUCCUGCGAGGCAUAUGAAACAUGCACGCGGAAAUCCCUCGCCGACCCGAGAGCACCUUUGCCGACUGUCUUCGUCGACUUUCAACCGCCCAAGAACCGCGCGAACUAA